AUGAAGCAACUUGGAAGUCUAAUCGCUACUAGGAAAGGGUUUACAGCUCCACCACAGAUCGAUUAUUCUCGCUAUAGUGAAACUGUAAAUCUUAGCCAUAACCCAAUAAAUACAUUCGAUUCUUUACCCCAAUUAUCAAAUGUCCAAAAUUUAAUUUUUGAUGAUACAAAAUUAGAGUCUUUCCUUAAGUGCAGACUUCAACCAGAGAUCGAAUCAUUCUCAUGUUUAAAUACACCGCUCGCUUCAAGUAAAUUUUUACCGUUAAUGGCAAUUAUUGCUUUUGGCGAAAAUGUCAAAGUUGUAAAUGGCUCAAAGGUUACACAGAAAACUCUCAAAGAAGCUCAGACUUACCACGAAGAGUUGUAUCCUUAUAUUGUAGAAGGUUGGGUCAUUACAUCACUUUCACCCAUUAAGGUAUACAAUCCAAUUACCAAAGAAAAGAAGGUAAUAAAGCAAGAUAAGGAAAAUCAGGCUAAUAAUCAAAUCGAAAUUGUUUUUGAUCCAAAUGAUAAAACAGAAUUAGAGGAAGAGAAAAGCAAAAACAUUGCCAAAGCUCUCAGAUACAGAUUUAACGACUUAGUUCAUCCAGCAUCAAAGCAAAAGUCUCCAGUCAAGGCUCAAUCGUCAAAACCAAAGGGAACUGUCAAAUCACGCGGAUUUGCAUCUCCACCACCAUCAAGCCGCCAGAUAAAUCGUGAGAAAUCACAAAAUACAAAAGUUACUGUUAAAGCCGGAGAAAAUCCAUUCGAAAAGAAGCAGUAA